AUGUCCACUGGGGGCAGGUUCAACUUUGAUGAUGGGGGGUCAUAUUGUGGAGGGUGGGAGGAGGGCAAGGCCCAUGGCCAUGGUAUCUGCACGGGACCCAAGGGCCAGGGAGAGUACGCCGGCUCCUGGAGCCACGGGUUUGAGGUACUGGGCGUCUAUACCUGGCCCAGCGGCAACACCUACCAAGGCACCUGGGCGCAAGGCAAGCGCCAUGGGAUUGGGGUGGAGAACAAGGGAAAGUGGGUGUAUAAGGGCGAGUGGACACACGGAUUUAAGGGACGAUACGGCGUCCGUGAGAGCACGGGCACUAGCGGCAAAUACGAGGGCACGUGGAACAACGGCCUGCAGGACGGCUACGGCACGGAGACCUAUUCAGACGGAGGCACAUACCAGGGUCAAUGGGUCGGCGGAAUGCGCCACGGCUAUGGCGUGCGGCAGAGCGUUCCGUAUGGAAUGGCGGCCGUCAUCCGCUCGCCGUUACGCACCUCCAUAAACUCGUUACGUUCUGAACACAGCAAUGGCACCGCGCUGCUGGGCGGCAGUCUGGGUGAGCGGGCAGGCGUUGGCGUAGUCGGCGGCGGAGUGGGCGGAGUUGGUGGGGUGGGCAGCAGCCCUGCGGUAUCUCGCGGCGGCUUUGUGCUGACGGCGCACAGCGAGGCCGAGCUGCUCAAAGGCAAGAAGAAAGGUCUGUUCCGCCGCUCGCUUCUCAGCGGCCUGAAACUGCGUAAGUCGGAGUCCAAGAGCUCUCUGGCCAGCCAGCGCAGCAAACAGAGCUCGUUCCGCAGCGAGGCGGGGAUGAGCACCGUCAGCUCGGCCGCAUCUGACAUCAACUCCACCAUCAGCCUGGGGGAGGGCGAGAGCGAGCUAGCGCCAGGGGAGGACGACGUAGACGCCACUACAACCGAGAGCUAUGCCGGCGAGUGGAAAAACGACAAACGCACGGGCUGCGGCGUGAGCCGGCGCUCCGAUGGCCUUCACUACCAGGGAGAGUGGCUGGGCAACCGUCGUCACGGCUAUGGCUGCACCACCUUCCCCGACGGCACCAAGGAAGAAGGAAAGUAUAAACAGAACGUGUUGGUGAGCGGCAAACGCAAGAACCUCAUCCCAUUACGCGCCAGCAAGAUUCGUGAGAAGGUGGACCGUGCGGUGGAGGCCGCGGAAAAGGCGGCUGACAUUGCCAAACAGAAGGCUGAGAUUGCCUUGUCCAGGACAGCCCAUGCGCGUGGCAAGGCGGAGGCGGCUGCAGCAGCAGCGCAGAAAGCCCAGGAGGAGUGCCGUUUGGCCAGGAUCACCGCCAAAGAAUUCUCCCCCUCCUUCCAACACCGUGGCAAUGGGGUGGAAUGUCAGAGGCCAAAGCACCAGAAUUCCAGCGAGAACGACCUGGAGGUCAUCUCAAGCGGAACGCCUGAAAGUCCUGAGCUCUACAUGAAGGGCACCACACCACCUGACCUGACCCCUGACCUCAGUCCGGUACCCAGCAGGCCCUCCACUCCUCCCCACAGCCCCGUCCCAUCCAAACCCGCGCCUCGCACCAAGAGCACCCGCUUCAAGCGCCAGAGCGCCGUUGACGACGAGCGUGGUGGCGGCGCUGAGAUCCAGGUGUUGACGGAGGGCAGGGGUGGAGGAGGUGAGGGUGGAGGAGGGAGGUACCUGAGGGCCAACAGCUGGAGCGAGGACAAGUGCUCCACGCGUGGCGGGGGCGGGAGCAGCAGCCGUGGGGGCAGCAGGGGCAGCAGCCGCUCCACCACACCUUCCGUGCAGGACGAGGCGCGGGGUGGGACCGGAGCCCGAACCAACGGACACAAGCACGCCUCCUCCAAUCACAAGUCUCGGGAGCACAGCUCGUCCAAUCACAAGCCUUCGGCGAGGGAGAGGUGGGCCGACUGUCACUCCGCCUCCUGGACGUCACAGCGGGCGCCGGGCGACAGCCUGGCUCAUUCUCGCCUGCUCGAGCAGGACGAGGAGAAACUGAGCAAUUACGAAAUGGAAAUGAGGCCGCUUCAGCCCAUGGACUCCAAUUCCCACAAGCCCCGGGGGGCAGCUGAGGACCGUCACAGCCACAGCGAAGUCCAUCCUCACACAGUGCAGAGACAGCGGGGUAAAAAUCGGGAGCGGGAGCGGGAUCACGGAGCUCGGGCCUCAGGGGGGCACAGUAGAGAGGGGGCAGCCUUGGACUCAGUACAGAAGCUGGACAGUGUACGUGUGGGGGGGGACGCACUUGAGGCCCGGCCGUUGCGCAGGGACCUGACACUCUCACCCCCCCAGAAAUCCUCACCCAUUGCACUAGAACACGAUGACGAGAAUCUGACCCAGCUCAAGGCAAACUCGGGCUCCAGCUCAAUUCUGGUUGUCAUGGUGAUUUUGCUCAACAUUGGCGUUGCCAUUUUGUUUAUUCACUUUUUUAUUUGA